AUGGCGUCCCCGGCUAUCAGAAAGGCGAUCGCUGAAGCGGCGUCGCAGUACUCCAAGCCCGAAGGGAAGGUCUUCCAAUAUGGUACCGCGGGGUUCCGUAUGAAGGCUGAUCUCCUCAACACCGUAGUCUUCACCGUGGGCUUGCUUGCCGGGCUUCGCUCCAGAAAGCUGAGUGGACAAUGGGUUGGUGUCAUGGUCACUGCCAGUCACAACCCCGCGGAAGAUAAUGGCGUCAAGUUGAUUGAUCCCAUGGGUGAAAUGCUGGAGGCUGAGUGGGAAACAUAUGCCACCAGACUUGCCAACGCCCCGCUUGACAAGGUUGGCGAUGUCUUUGACGAACUCAUCAAGGAGAUUGAUGUCAGCAUGGAGAACCCAGCUCGUGUCGUCUUCGCUCGCGACACUCGUGCCUCUGGCUCGCGUCUGGUCUCUGUCAUCAACGCCGCCCUUACCGCUUCGGAGGUCGAAUUCCUCGAUCUGAAGUACAUGACCACCCCUCAGCUCCACUAUGUUGUGCGCUGCAAGAACACCCUGGGCACCCAGUAUGAGUAUGGAGAGCCCACAGAGCAGGGCUACUAUGAGAAGCUUGCCGAAGCUUUCAAGAGAGUUAUGCGUGGUGUCAAGGUCAAGGGCUCCUUGACCGUGGACUGCGCGAACGGUGUUGGCGGACCCAAGCUGAGAGAGCUCAUCAAGUACCUGCCCGGCCCGGAGGAGGGUGGCAUGGAUAUCAAGAUUGUUAAUGAUGAU